GACACGGAACCAAUGGGCUGUGCGCGUUUUUAUGAAACCCACAUCUGGCAAGUUAUUAUGCUGUUGAGUUUGUAAGAUGGGAGGACUGCAUCUGAGGAAUGAAAACACAUCUCUUGAAGGAUUAUAGCAAUUAUAUGGAUUUCAACCUUUUUAUAAAUUAAUUUUAACCCAUAUUUUUUUUCUUCAAAAUAUAAGGAUGUGUAUCCGUCCCAAGGGAACGUUUUGGGAUUUUAAACUGAUGUUACGUGAUUUUUGUUAACGUAAGGCGACUGACUUGCGGUCCAUUCGGAACGUGAGGAAAGUGUGUAGCUCUUUUAAGAAAGAAGAUGGUUCUUUAGCAUCGAAUGAAACAGUCGUUUGCAGGGACGGAAAAUUUGUGGCACUGCGUGAGUCGGAUUAUAUUGAACUCCAUGAAUUCAUCUCGCAAGGCCUCAGUGUUUUGAAAAUAGGGCGCGCCGUAUUUAUCCCAGUGUUGCAUUUCCUUUAGUAGAUGGGGAUUUGAUUCUAUUCCGCUGACUUUUUUCAUUGUUUAUUAACUUGUAAUUAAGGUACUAUCGUUGCAAUAUAUUUUUUCGAAGUCUAGUGAUCCUUAAUGUUUAAAAAGGUAACGGGCUUCGACGUUAGUGUUGCGCGGAGCAUUGUUUUCACAGCCGCUUUGGUCAACUGUCAAUGAACUUUGAGGAAUACCUGAUUUGCCUUUAUAGCCUUUAGUAUCUCUAAUAACAGGAAGGUUUUGAUGACAAAGCUACACGCCAGUACAGUCUUCACGUUUUAGACUGAGAGAAGAGGUGACAUACAGAGAGCAGAUAUGUCAGGACUGGCAAAAGACCUGGCCGAGCUGGUCUGGGGAAAAAGAACUGAUAGCAGCUUGACAGAUACCGUAUUCUGCCGGUGGACCCAAGGAUUUGUUUUCAGUGAAUCUGAACCAACAGCUCUAGAACAAUUUGAAGGUGGUCCUUGUGCUUUGAUUGCACCUGUCCAGGCUUUUCUUCUGAAAAAUAUUUUGUUCAACAAUGAAAACUCAAACUGGAGGGAGUGUUCAGAGGAAGAAAGGAAAGCUGUUCUGUGUCUCACUUUAUGUGAGAUUCUGGAAACUGCUUGUUUUAAUAAAUCUGAGUCCUUCUGUCUGGUGACCUGGUCAAAAGGAAAAACUUCUGAAGACAAUGCCAGCAUUUCUGAAACUCCCCCAGAGUCCAGUCAGCGUUUAGAAGAUGAACAACCAUCUGCGCUGGCUGCAGAGGAGUUUGGCUUUGAACAAUUUCAUUCAAAUAUUCAGAAGCAGACCGUGAAGACUAUUGGAGAGCUGAAGAAAGUAGUUCAGGAUCUUUAUGAAACAUGGAGGAAUAAAUGUGGAGUGCUCCUUUUCCUUUAUUCUGUUAUUUUAACAAAGGGUAUUGAAAAUAUUAAGAAUGAAAUUGAAGAUUCAACAGAGCCUUUGAUAGAUCCUGUGUAUGGACAUGGAAGGCAAAAUCUAAUCAAUCUGCUACUGACUGGUCAUGCAGUGUCAAAUGUUUGGGAUGGAGACAGAGAAUGUUCUGGAAUGAAAUUGCGUGGAAUUCAUAAUCAGGCUACUGUGGGCUUCCAAACAUUAAUGGAGUCUCUGCGGUACUGUAAGGUUGGAUCUUUUUUAAAGUCUCCAAAAUUCCCUAUUUGGAUACUUGGCAGUGAAACACACCUUACUGUUUUCUUUGCAAAGGAAAUGACUCUAGUUGCUCCUGAAUCACCAUCAGAACAAGCUAGAAGAAUUUUUCAAACAUAUGAUCCUGAAGAUAAUGGAUUUAUUCCUGAUACAUUACUGGAAGAUGUAAUGAAAGCACUGGACCUUGUAUCCGAGCCUGAAUAUGUUAAUCUCAUGAAGAGUAAGUUAGACCCUGAAGGCCUGGGUAUCAUAUUGCUGGGACCAUUCCUUCAAGAAUUUUUUCCAGAACAGGAUUCUGGAAUACCAGAUUCAUUUCCUGUAUAUCACUAUAAUGGGCUAAAGCAGUCAAACUUCAAUGAAAAGAUGGAAACAGGAGAUUGCAUUAUUAAGAUCGCCCCCUCACUGCUCAGGGUGGCACUGCUUACCUGUUCAGAGCCUUGAGAUAAGGAUGCCUCCUAAUCACAUGUGCCUGAUAGACUGCUAUCUGUAAUCUUAAAUCUGAAAGUGGAGCAGUUGAAGCACACAAGCCUUAAACAAACAAAUCUACUGUGACUACAGUGAUACCCCGCCUGUCGCCGAAGUUACAUUCCAGACCCAUCAGUGAUAGAUGAAAAUCCGCGAUAUAGAAAGAGCAUAUAAAUUUUAUUUUAUUUUUUUUUUUUAUAGUUUAAGCCUUAAAAUACCCCUCCCACACGCUUUAAACACAUGUAAACUUAUUAAAACACACUUUGUAAACACAUAUGAUAUGUGGAUGUCGGGCUAAAGAUAUGAGUAACAUCUCUCUCUUAUAAAAUAUUUUAAUGUUAUGCGAGACAGGACAGUGAGACAGAAGGACAGCUGCUGUUCAGGCUUUUAAAUGAUUGAUGGGCAGGGCGACAAGCAGAACUGUGCUGGCUUUGUGCUGCUUCUGCCAAGAUGCUAAAGUCCACUUCUCCUUAGCGUGCAUUAAACUACCAAACCCCCCCCCCCCCCCUUUCACAAUGUAAAGUGGGAGGAGCGUAGCAUGCCUCUGGUGGGGGUUGGGGUUUCAGCAAGGCGAUCGAGACCAGAUCAUCUCGGAUAGACACUUUGACGAUACGCCCUACUUACAAACAAUUUAAAACAAGUUCACUGACAUCAAACCUAGCAGUUGUUGGAAUGCUUUUGGCAGACAAACUUCAGGUGCUUCCAGCUCUUAAAACCAUGACAAGCAGAACACGCAGCUUGCCAGCAGCAGCUGCAGAAACCUAGCAGAUGAUCCGAGCACUUCUUAGCGUGCGUUCAGCCCUCACCCCUCCCCCUCUUUCUCCUUCAGAACACGCACAGAGCAACAAGAGCAGAACAGGCAUCUUGGUAGAAGCAGCACAAAGCCAAUAGCUGAUCUGUCCACUUCUGCUUAGCGUGCGUUCAGCUCCCCCCCUUCACAAAGCGAGCAGCAGAGACGCGAAGUGGUAAAAGGACAGCUGCUGUACAGGCUUUUAAGUGAUUGACACAAAGCGAGACAAGCACAACACACAGCUGGCCAGCAGCAGCAAGACAACAGCUGAACUGAUCGCAUCUGUUUAGCGUGCGUUCAGCCCCCCCCCCCCCCCC